AUGGCCCGCCGUGUGCCUCAGCUCUUCAUGGUCCCGACGGAGGAUGCUUUUGAUGACUUGACGGGCGAUGACGGUGGAAACUUGACUUUGGCCUCGCUGAUAGAGCGAGGAUCCAAUUUCACCGCACCCAAGACCCAGAAUGUCACAUGUGCCCAGAGAUCGAAGCGUGCCAAGGACGAUUCGAAAAACUCAAGACUGAAAUGCAACAUCGGCUGUAUGAAUAAGGGGUCCAGUUUAGUUGUAACGCGGCUCUCUCUCUUCAUGCUCGUCUUCGAGGUCGAGUGGUAG